AUGAACAAGUCUAUAGUGAGUGUAAAAGAGUUUGUAAACAAGUAUAAUAUUCCGAAAGAAAUCAGUGCUCGAUUUCUACCAUUGGACCUCGACGUGUUUGUUAUCUCAGAAGAGGAGUUUCAACGGUUACGGGACUCACGUAAAAGACGUAAUAGCGACGUUAUGGAGUCUCCAUCUCGCGCAAAAAAACCGGGUAUCGGGGGGUAUGAUCACAGUGCAUUUCCAGAAGACAUCAGUGCUGCCCUUAACAGCCACCAAUCGUCGCUACAGUGCUCAAACACAGUGGAUUUCUCAACGGUCGACACCUCGUUUGAGCUUCUGGAGUCGUCGUUCCUGCUAUGCCACGAAAAUGGCGCUCCAGGUGCGAGUGACGUCGCCAUAUUACAAAGCAGCGAGUUUCAUCCUAUCAACUCAGAACUGAGCAGCCCACCGCAGUCAAGCCAACGGCCCGAAUAG